AUGGAAGGAGCUAAACUCUUCACAAAACCAGAAAGUGAAAAUUUAGACAUAACGGGAGUUGAAACAAAAAAGCUAGAAGUUGAGCAGACCAUGGAAGGAGCUGCACUUUCACCAAAACCAGAAAGUGAAAAUAAAGAGAGAUCGAAUGUUGAAACCAAAAGGCCUGAAGAUGAACAGAAUAUGGAAGGAGAUACACUUGACACAAAAAAAGAAAUUGCAAAUAUAGAGAUACCAAAAGUUGAAACUAAAAUGCCUAAAGAUGAACAGAUCAUGGAAGGAGUUGCACUUUCCACAAAACCAGAAAGUAAAAAUACAAUACCAAACGUUGAAUCCAAAAAACAUGAGGGUAUGUAG